AUGAGAAGUUUUGUGACUGGUGUACCGGAGGAUCUGGAGGAGGAAUAUCGGGCAGCUAUGUUGCAUGAUAACAUGGACCUUGAUAGGUUGAUUGUAGAUGCACAACAGGUGGAGGAGAGUCAUCACAGGAAGAGAGGCCUAGAAGGAAAUAAGCCUAGGACCUCCGAUCAGGCUGGUUCUAGUACUGGUAGGAGUUCGUUUGGAGUCCAGGAUAGGGCCAAGCUCAGGAAAGGGCACUCGAACUCAGGUUCUAAUGCCUGCUAUGGGCGCGAAAAGAGUUGGCAUAUGAUCAGGGACUGCCCAUAUGUGAAUAAUCAGGCCAAGGCAGAUAAUCAGUCUCGGCCUAAGCCUACUACUUCAACCGAUCCUCCCAAGAGGAACAAGUUCUAUGCUUUCAAAGGUAGAGAGGAGCUGGAGAAGUUAGCAUAUUUGGUCACCGGUACCUUGCAUGUCUUUUCUUUUUCCGUGUAUGCAUUGUUAGAUCCAUGA